CAGGUGGACGUUAGAGGAACUGCAGUUCCUGAUGAUCUGUGAUGGUUUCUCCAUCAUGAAUAAAGAUCAGAGGGUGGUGCUGGUGGUGCUGGUGGUGCUGGUGGUGGAGUCCUGAGUGUUUAAGACCUGGGUGCGGUCCAAACACGCUUCAUGCGUGAAUCUGCGGUCAGACUGUCUUUAAACAUCCCGUGUGUCUCUGUCUGUGCGGGUCUGUGCGGGUUCGUCCUGAGGAGUCAGAGGAGGGAGGAGGAAACCAGAGAGAGAGACAGAGAGAGAGAGAGAGAGACAGAGAGAGAGAGAGACAGAGAGAGGAAGGAAACGACGAUAACGUCACGAGAAGAGGAGUAAAAAAAAAAAAAAAACCGGACUGAACCGUUUCAUGGACAGUCCGUGAUCGUUGAUGCGGGCCCGGGACCGAGCUGCGGACAUUCGCGUUUGUUUCCGCCGUGCGGGAUGAAAGUGUCCGUGCUGACUCGCUGUGCGUGAAAAGGGGAAGGCGCUGUUCAGUUUCGUGUUGCGGGAGGAAGCGGCGCAGAUCUCAUCUUUGUCAGGAGCUGCACUAACGCAGAGAAAUGGAAAUGUGCGGGGCUCUCCUCCGUGUGCGUGUUUUUUAGGAAGCAUCGUGACACGCACAUCUGCAGCUCUCUGUUUUAUGCGUGACACAGGCGUGUAGCUCGAUCCUCUGCGGGUUUUUUUUUUUUUUUUUUCCUGGACCUGGAGGAAUAACGCAGCAGCUGCGGGAUCACCGGGAGAAUUAACAGGUGACGCUCGGACGGAUCCAACAUGAGCGAGCUGGAGCAGCUUCGUCAGGAGGCAGAGCAGCUGAGGAACCAGAUCAGAGAUGCCAGGAAAGCAUGCGGGGACUCCACCCUGACACAGAUAACUGCUGGUCUGGAUCCUGUGGGGCGGAUUCAGAUGAGGACGAGACGCACCCUGCGGGGCCACCUCGCUAAGAUCUACGCCAUGCACUGGGGAACCGACUCCAGGCUCCUGGUCAGCGCCUCUCAGGAUGGGAAACUGAUCGUCUGGGACAGUUACACCACCAACAAGAUCCACGCCAUCCCCCUGCGCUCCUCCUGGGUGAUGACCUGUGCAUACGCCCCUUCUGGGAACUACGUCGCCUGCGGAGGCCUCGACAACAUCUGCUCCAUCUACUGCUUGAAGACUCGCGAGGGCAACGUCAGGGUCAGCAGGGAACUACCUGGACACACAGGUGACACAGAACACGCCACACUCAGCCCACUUUCUGUUUCCGCUUCACCUGAGAGUCCAACCAAUGAGACAGCACCUCCACCUCCACCUCCACCCGCCUCUGAGAAAAGCAGCUUCGCUCCCAAACCGCUAAACAAUGAAGAUUUCAUUUACACGGUUAGCCCGGUUCUGUUGCCUGCUAAGAACAGCGGCAGCACGCCACGAGGAUUAACGAGAUUAUCAAUUAACAGCAUAUCUGAGCGCGGUGCAUCGGUCCAGUCUCUGAGCAGGUCUGGACUGAUGCAGCACACAGGUGACAGUCUGAGGACAGGUGAGAACGUUGACGUAGCUUCCUGCCUCUCAUCCGUCUUCCUGUGCCCCUCCUCCCCUCAGUUCUUUCCCAACGGCAGCGCCUUCGCCACCGGCUCCGACGACGCCACCUGCAGGCUGUUCGACCUGCGUGCAGACCAGGAGCUCAGCCUCUAUUGCCAUGACAACAUCAUCUGCGGCAUCACCUCCGUGGCUUUCUCGCGCUCGGGCCGUUUGCUGCUGGCUGGUUAUGACGACUUCAACUGCAACAUCUGGGACGCCAUGAAGGGAGACCGAGCAGGCGUCCUGGCCGGACAUGACAAUCGUGUGAGCUGUCUGGGUGUGACGGAUGACGGCAUGGCGGUGUCCACCGGGUCCUGGGAUAGUUUCCUUAAGAUCUGGAACUGAGCCAUGCUGCACAUAAACACACACACACACACACACACACACACACACACACACACACUGCUCCCACCACAGUCUGCACCCUGUAUUCACUGUAUGUAAGAUUCAACAACUACAACAUUGUACUGUACAUAAUAUAUAUGACUUAGGUAUGAGUUUACACACACACACACACACACACACACACACACACACAUGAGACCUGAACACAUGCUCACACUACCUACAGCUGAUUUAAGUGCGCACACACACACACACACACACACACACACACACACACACACACACACACACACACACACA